GAGGAACUUGAUUUAAAUCUGUGCAUCGCCAAGGGCAAGGAGCUGAGAACAUGGAUGGAGAGAAGUUUCAGCAGAAGGCUCUGAAGCAAACUAAGCAGAAGAAAUCCAAGUCGGCUGAAUUUCUGAUGGUUAAAGAGGACAGAGAAGCUACAGAAGGCUUUGGAAAUCCAGCUUUUAACAUGAGCAACCCAGACCUCUCAGCACAUCAGGCUUCAGAAGAGAAAAUUAUUAGACGUGACACACCGGAUCGCACCCUUGCAGCUCACCAACAAAAAUCCAGGCUGCCAGUCUCUGCAGAGCUGAAAGGAAAUGAAUACGGCAGAAAUUACUUUGACCCACUGAUGGAUGAGGAAAUAAACCCAAGGCAGUGUGGGAUGGAGGUCAGCAGAGAGGGUGGUGCUAAAAUUUUCUCUAAUCAAUUAAUGAAGCUGGUUGGUGGGAGUGGACAAGGAGAAUUUCAAGAUGAGAGCAACACAGAGGAGAUUUUGGAUUCUGAAGCACUCGCAAGUUCCCGUAAGAAUCAUGAGACCCACAAAAGUGCUGAUGAAGCCUCCCCCGAGUCCAUCAAGGAGUUUGAAAGACAUGCUCAGAAAGACGUAACUCUACUUGGAAGUUCUCCAUUCGAACAGGACUUGGAAUUUGAAGGAGAAAGACUUAACCAGUGCAUUCCUAUGUCAUGUUUAAAGAUGGACAAAACACCUAAGAACAGAGCUCCAAGUCAGCCAUUCAUAGCAGACUUACGUGUUUGUGAAAAACACAAUGUCACCAAGCUUGGUUCCUGCCCGGAAGUAACUCACAGUUGCCAGGGAGCAGAAGGAUCUUGCUGGAAGGUUGAGCAGUCUCAGUCGCCUCGGCUGCUUCAAAUACAGAUCAAAUGCAUCAGAGGCCUCAAGGACAAAGCUCCUCAAGGCUCUUAUCUCCUCAAGGUGUCCCUGCUCAGCCGACUAGGGGGCUGUGCCUUGCAGAGGUGGCAAACAGAGCACCUGAGGACCCGAACACGUCCUGUGAGGCAUGACGGCUUCUUCUACAACACGGGGCUAUAUUUCCACGAAAGUCUUUACAUGGGACUCCCUCAAAGGAAAGAUGUGAAACCUGGCGCAGCGUUCCUCUUUGAACUGUCUCUUCUUGGUGGGACGUCUGCUUGCACUGAUCAGGCUGUGGGCUGGGCAGCCUUUCCUCUGUGUGACAACAAUUUUGGUAUAGUGGAGGGAAAAUUCAAGUGUCCCCUUCUCCGAGGACGUUAUGAACAGACACUCAACAGUUUCAGGGAAAUUGAAGAUUUGAUUUGCUCGGACUUGGACCACUGGCUGUGCAAUCUCUAUUUUCAGGUAAUCCAACUUCCUUUGCAUUUAGAUGAUCAAAACCUGCAUGAAGACCAUACUCGGCUUUCCCCUGAAUUUUCCAUGUGUUUAGUGGCUGAAGCAGAAAAAGCAAACUUAGAUGUGAACAACGCAGUUGGCCUCUCAGAGAAAGAAACCCAGAAAAACAUUCGAAUGUCAAUGGAGCAUACAGCAGAAUCUGCCUUACACUCUUCUCGGGGGAGCAUUUCUAAUAAAACUGAUCCCUGCCCUACGGACUGUGAUCUCAGUCUCUUCAAAGAAGACCAUGAAUUACACUCGAAGGGAGACAGCCUGACCGGUCAUUCGGUGAAGGAAAAAUCAACUGCUUGUGGACCUGGAGAAUUUGAAGAUUAUUCUCAAGAUAUAUCUUACUUGGAAGAACUGGAGAAACACCAAUUUUCAGUUUGCAGUUUUUCAAUGGCUGGUACUGGUGGACCUGGAGGGCUCUUCAAGUAUCUCCACUUUGUGAGGGUGUCGGUGUUUUCAGAACUGCAGCUUGUGCAGUGGCAAAGCCAGGGCUUCUGGUGCACCAUCCUGCUGAUGGCUUCCCUCUGCUUCCUGAGGCUCUGCCUGCAUUACUUUGCCCAGUGGCUUUUCCUCCAAGCCAUCUCAACUCCUGUGACAAAAUUCCAUUUUUACCCCUACACAGUGGAGCUUUGCUACCCAACGUCUUCACUUAGCAUCUCAGAAGAGCUGGCUGUGGUCGUGGUGGGCCCUUUAAUGCUGAGUACAGUCAUAUUUUUUUUGGUUCUGAUCAGAUGGGGCUGUCAGCUGCUGUUUGCCUCCUGCCCUGAUAUCUUGUCAAAGUUAAUCAUUGCCAUGGGACUAUGGACAGUUCUAGACCCAUUGGCGGUGUUCAUAGUGGAUACUUUCCUGGGGCGACUUACACAUAAUGGGGAGGCUCCUAUAGCUGAUGCAGCGAAGCUCUACUGGAUGUUUGUAAGAGCACAACAGCCAGGAAUCCUGGGAGUCAUGAUCACCGUGCUGCUACACAUCUUCCUGUUUGUCAUUUCUUCCUUGAUUUUAUAUAUAUAUUGUCUCAGGUUGCACAACGACUCUUGGAUAUUAGACGCAUUUCAACGCAUCCAUAGUGAAGAGACCAAGUUCUUCGUACCAUAUGAUUUGGAGAUAUCCAAUCAGGAGCUAAGUUACAUAGUGAAAAGAUCUGAGCAGUGGAGAGGAAUCAACGGUGAAAGAAGGAAGGUGGCAGUGUAUGAUUACAUCAGGAAAAGCCACGGUAUCGAGUCCAGUGUCUCCAGCUGUGACCUCCCACAUCAUAAUGAAAUCUCUGGGUCUGCAUUUGGUCCAGGAGAUAUUACUUCUCACGUGUCUGUGUACACUGUUUAUCCCAGUGGGUUCCAAGAGCUCUACCGCCAUUUUCUCAGACUCCCUGGUGGCGCCAUUAUUGAGGUGUUUGGUGAUAUCAGUGCCUUGCAGUUUGUUCCGAGUGAAGUGACAGCAGCUAUUCAAGAGCGCAUAAAUGAAAUGGACACUGUACUCAGAGACUCCCAUGCUACAAACCCAAGAGACAGGAAAGGAAUCCAUUAAAGUAAAAAGGUGCUUUCUUCUGCUGGAAAUUGGUGUCCUCAAUGGAAGGAUGAGUAUAACUAAGAAGAAUCAUAUUUUCUGCUUUCUGAAGGGUGCUGAGAAACAUAUUCUGU